UGCUAAGAUAAGUAACUCAAAAGCACAAGAGAAAUGAUAAUUCUCUCUAUAUAUAUGUAUAUAACACCCUAAAUGAGACCUUCGUUCUCUCACAUGCCUUCUCUAAUGGCUUUGAUGGUAAACUCACUUGAAAUCUCCGUUGUCUUCUUCCUUAUUAGCCUUCUCGCCAUCUGUUUCUUCUUCUUCUUCAUCAACAAGAAAACCCACGCCGUCUUCCCCACAAACUGGCCGUUUCUCGGCAUGCUCCCUGCUCUGCUCCAAAUGUUGCACCAAAUCUAUGACUAUAGCGCCGAUCUUCUCGAGAGCUCUAACAUGACGUUUCUGCUCAAAGGCCCUUGGUUCGCGGGUAUAGACAUGCUGAUAACCGUCGACCCUGCCAAUAUCCACCACAUAAUGAGCUCAAACUUCUUGAAUUACACCAAAGGUCCCGAAUUCAACGAGGUUUUCGAAGUUUUCGGGGAAGCCAUAUUCAACACGGACUCGGAUCUGUGGAAGGACAAACGGAAAUCGGCUCAGGUCAUGCUCAACCAUCACGGGUUUCAAAGGUUUACGUUGAGCACGACGGUGAACAAGAUCAAGAAAGGGCUCGUUCCUCUCCUUGACCAUGCCGCUAAGUUAAAUGUCGCACUGGACUUGCAAGAUGUGUUCCAGAGGUUCGCCUUCGAUACGACCUUCUUCUUGGUUUCGGGGUUCGAUGCCAAGAGCCUCUCCAUCGAAAUGCCGGAGGUUGAGUUGGCCAGAGCCUUGGACGACGCAGAAGAAGCCAUUGUGUAUAGGCAUGUUAAGCCGAAAUUCUUGUGGAGGAUGCAGAAUUGGAUAGGGUUUGGAUCGGAGAAGAAGAUUAGAAGGGCUCGCGAAACGUUCGACCGUGUCUGCAGGAGAUAUAUUUCUGUUAAAAGGGAGGAGAUACGGACUGGGUUUCACUCAGAAGGAGAAUCCAUGGAUCUGCUGACGUCCUACAUGAAUUUGGACACGACCAAGUACAAGCUCUUGAACCCUAAAGAGGAUCAGUUCCUACAAGACAUCAUUCUCACUUUCAUGGUCGCCGGGACAAACACCAUCGCCUCCGCUCUCUCCUGGCUCUUCUGGAUUCUCUCCAAGAACCCUAAUGCUGUGGCCAAGAUCCGUGAAGAGAUCAGCACGAAACUGCCAAGCACCGGAAACCUCGAGCAUUCGUUCGAUCCAGCCGAGCUAAACAAGUUGGUGUACUUACACGGAGCGUUAUGUGAAACACUGAGGCUCUAUCCACCAGUUCCGUUUCAGCGAAAAUCUCCAAUAAAACCCGAUAUUCUUCCGAGCGGGCAUAAAGUUGACGCGAAAUUGAAGAUUAUAUUCGCUGUUUACGCGUUGGGGAGGGCGAGGGCCGUAUGGGGAGACGACGCAUCGGAAUUCAAGCCGGAGAGGUGGAUUUCGGACAAUGGAGGGUUGAAACACGUGCCGUCUUUCAAGUUCUAUUCUUUCGGGACCGGUCCGAGAACUUGCUUGGGAAGGGACGUAGCUUUCGUGCAGAUGAAGCUAGUAGCCAUGGAGUUAUUACAGAACUAUGACUUUAAGGUUGUCGAAGGGCACUUAGUUGAACCAGUUGUAUCCAUGAUCCUUCAGAUGAAGCAUGGUCUUAAAGUUACUGUUACCAAGAUGUGCUUGGCUUGAAGGAUAUAUAAAUUUAAUCCAUGCAAUGUUUUGUAUACGUUUUUUUUAAUUAAAUGUGAGGGUAAUAAAAAAAAUGCAUGUGUAAUAGUAAGGGAAUUGAAGUUGUUGUAUUGAUUAAAAUAUUUGAAUUAAAAUAUUUGAAUUU